AUGCUUCAGCAUCUCAACAUCACUUCAGUGACAGGAGGGACGGAGCAGGUGUCCAUCUGAAAGUCGCGCAGAUUCUCCAAAGAGAAUUGGAAAAGGAAAAAAAGAAAACACUGCCACAAUGAGAGCUGUGUGUGUUUGUUUAUCUGUGGUGCUGUGGGUGUGCAGCCCUGACAGGGCAGCAGCAGCUGCAGCUUCAGCGGGACACCGAGUCAACGACUCUUCACUUCUGGAAGAGAGAAUAUUUUCUUACACGGAGCAUUUACUUAACGUUUCGGGGCAGCUGGAUAACCGGACUUCUGGCUUUUUCCUCCUGGACCUUGACGAGGGGAUGCUGGAGGACUGGCGCUCUCUGGCCAGUAAGAAGCGCCAGGGUGGGGAGUCGCAGGACGGGAGCGUGAAGGCGCUGCUGGUGGCCGCAUACUCUUUAAUCAUCGUGAUCUCCCUGUUCGGGAACACCCUGGUGUGCCAUGUGGUGGUGAAAAACAAGCGCACCCAGUCCGCCACCAGCUUGUUUAUUAUGAACCUCGCCGUGGCUGAUAUCUUCAUCACAGUCCUCAAUACGCCCUUCACCCUGGUCCGAUUCGUGAACAGCACCUGGGUGUUUGGGAGGACAAUGUGUCACAUCAGUCGCUUUGUACAGUACUGCUCCCUGCACGUCUCGACACUCACACUCACUGCCAUCGCACUGGACCGACAACAGGUGAUUUUACAUCCUCUGAGACCUCGCAUGUCCCCGGCACAAGGUGGAGUUUGGGUCGCUGUUAUCUGGAUAAUGGCCAGCUGCUUCUCCCUCCCACAUGCGAUUUACCAAAAACUCCUGACUUUUACAUACAGUAAGGAAAAGGAGCGCAGCCUGUGUGUCCCAGACUUCCCCGAGCCAUCAGAUGUCUACUGGCAGUAUAUUGACCUCCUGACCUUCAUAUUACUUUACAUGCUGCCACUCCUCAUCAUCACUGCCUCCUACACCACGGUGGCCUGCCGGCUGUUGCGCCACAACGCCAUUGGUGACACCACAACAGCUCAACACGCCACCCAGAGAAGAAAGCGGCGGCGGACGCUUGCCAUGUUGCUCCUGGUGGUCGGGGUGUUUGCUGUCUGCUGGUUCCCGCUCAACUGUUACGUAGUGCUGCUGUCCAGCCAAGCUAUCAACUCCUCUAACGCCCUUUACUUCUGCUUUCACUGGCUGGCUAUGAGCUCCACCUGCUACAACCCUUUCAUCUACUGCUGUCUGAAUCCCACCUUCCGCCAGGAGCUGAGGCUCCUCUUUGACAUAUGCAGGAGGAAACGGAGAGCGGCUGUCGGGUUGGAGCCAGAGCUCCGCCCUGUAGUGGCCUGCGCUCCUUGUCAGAGGACUGCCUGGCCUGACAAUCAUGACUCCUCGGGGCCAAGUCAUGCUUUGUCCCACCCGGGCCACGCCUCCUCACAGCAGAGUCAUCCCUCUUCCAGUCAGUCCCACAACCUAAAAGAUACACAUGUGCUCUUCACAGCUAGGCAGGCCCUCACAGGAAGAACCGACAUCCUCUCAGUGGAGCCCAUCGUGGCUGUAAGCUGACUGGGAACAACUGCCACAAUGUGAUAGGAUUUUGGUAUUUGAGAUUCUUAAUCCCAUUUGAGUGUUUCAGAGGAAAUUUGAAAAUCUCAGCAAAGUAUGGCUGGGCCUACACAGGAUUUUAGUAGCCGAGGGAGAGGAGAUGGGUUUGGUGACAACUGUAUAUUGAAGAAACUGUCAUCAAAAAAAGGAUUUCCCAGUGGUUCUUAAGGAAGUAAGGAUAUCUUUCUUUGGUGCAUUGUUUAAAAAAAUUUAAAAACACACGACAAGGUCCAUUUUCUGGAGGUUCGGAUCGUAUCACACGAUCUUCCUUAGCAGAUGGAGUUUGCCCUGUGUUAAUGAUUAAAUUUCCAUUUUUUCCCCCUGUGCACUUUAAGAACUUGUCCUCCAUGUUGAAGUGACAGGCGAGAUGAGUUCAUUUUUGAUCUUGGAGACAGCCGUUGACAAAACAAUCUCACCGCAAGAUCCAUUUAGGAGUAGGGUUGGGAAUCAAGAACCAAAUUUCCAGGUACUGUCGAUUAGUUAAGACUUGUGCAUUUUGGUUACACUUAUCGGUUCCUAACUCUCUGCAUAUUUCAGUCGCUUUUCUGAUUGAACUGCAGUGAGUAUUUUACAAUCCAAAAAAGUGGCACUUAUCUGCCAGGACCUGCUACGGGGACCUAACGUCAUGUCAUUUGUUACACAGUACGUCAACAAAGCAUGCGAGAAGAGAAUACUUCGGUUUACAUUCCUGGACCAUGGCGGACUGCAGCGAAUGCUCAAAAGUUUGGCCUUCACUAAAAAAGACGACGACACAGCAAAAUACAAUGCCAGCAGUGAGGAUAUUUGGUGCAAGGGAGGAAGCACCUCCAAAAAGAAGAAGCAUUUACUUCAACACGGCGGGAAACUGACAGAAUGAAGCGUGUUCAAUGUGUUGUGGUCUCCUAGCUUCCAUGGCGCCCCAGAUAUAGCUAACAAUUUCUCAAGCACAGGUACAAAACACAUUUGAGCUGACAUUCACCUUUUAUAUUUAAGGCAAACAAAUGAUUUGUACGAAUUAUUCCAAUAUAUAGUUUACUUAGAUACGAGUACCCUAGUACAAAAACUCUUUGUUACUUUAGACAUGAAGGGGAAGAUGAGUAAGGUGGAUGAAUGUCACCGAGCGCUGGCAAGAUUUGUGGUGAAGGGAUUAGAUCCUUUUGCUACGGUUGAAUCUCCAUUUAGGAAUGUAGAAUGCAUUAUUGAUAUCUGCUUAUUCACAGCAGUAUACAUGGACAUUAGCCUUCUUUGAUAUUUUCAUAGCAAAUCAGAAACAGCUGGAAGAUCACUGAUCAUUCCUUUUAAGAGUCAUAUUUAUUUUUAUAAAUUAAGAGAAAAAGAAACCUUUGUGCCACAGUUGACAGUUUACUGAUUAUAGCUUAGAAUAUUGGAAUCAGAACCAAGAUCAAACCGGAUUCGGUAAGUGGCAUCGGAAUCAAUAAAUUUUAAACAAUACCCAACCCUUUUUAGUAGAUGUUCUGGAGCGUUAGAUACAUUUUUAAAAAAUGUCUUAAUAGUGUUGCAGCACUGACACAUUAUAUAUAAAACAGAAUGCUAAUGUAAUAGUCACAAGGAUGUAUUUUGAUUCAAACUGGGCUCAUUCGUCAUGUUAUGUAAAGUUAAUUGAAGUUUCUUCAUAUCAUAUACUUGUGAGAAAUACAAUGUUCAUCAGGCUACACAUCAGAAUCUGAUGUAAAUCUUUUGUCCAAAAAAUCUUGCAAAAUGUCGUGCAUUGAAAUUGAUGUUCUGAUGUAUUGAUGUACUGUUUGGUCUGUCUGUGUCUUUUCUUUCAGCCUUAAUUUUGGUUCACUCUGUUAAAAGCUUGCAGGUGCAUUACUGUGCAUUUUGAGGCUGAACAUCAGCUUCACCUCACUUCAUUUAAUUUAGCUUAAGUGGAGUUUGUUUUUUUCACUUCCUUAAUUACACACAUCCAAAUAAUCUAGAAUAUUAUACUAUUAAAAAUAUUGAAAUUAUACUCUAAGCAUUUGAUGGAUGCAAUGGAAUUGGCAGAAUGUGCAUCCAGAAUAUUUUAUUCUAUACCUCAAAUAUCACAUCAACAAGCCCUACCUACAGUCUCUGCAUUGUUGUGUUCUGUGAUGUAACAAGAAUGAGUACACAGACAGCUACAAUCUCUAAAACGUCCAUUUAAAGACAGAAUACAACUAAGCAAAAGAUGCAAUGAAAAAAUAAAAAACCUUUUCAUGUCUUCUCAGGCCUGAUUCAUGCUGGCACCUUUUGUAUGGUGUGCAUGUGGUUACUUUAUUCUGCCAAUGAAAGGAAGCAAACCAUGUGCAUGCAGUCAAUGCACAUGAAAAUACAUGUGUGUGUGUACCAGCUGGUCAUUUAUCUUUUUCUGAAAAACGUGGAGAAAUUUAAAUGGGAAAAAUAUUACUUUUGAAAGGCUGUCAGAAAGAAAAUUCAUGGUUCAUUAAUACUGCAACAUGCUGCCCAUUACGGGUCUGAAAAACAUGAAGUCCGAUGAAAUUCUGAUGGUGUAACCAUAAAUGUACAGCGGAUAGUUUUCAAAGAUUUGGUGUAAUAACAGUACUUUGUUUCCACACAAUCAUUAAAAUUUUAUUAAUUAAACAUGUUACAGUGUCUCUAUACACAUAGUGUGAGUAUUUUUUGCAGCAACAGCGACAACCUUAGAUAGAAAUGUGUGCGUUAAUUAAAUGUUAAAACCUUCGUCUUCACAACAAUCAAAAUUUUGUGGUUGAAAAAUGCAGAAAAAGCAUGAUUGGCAAUGGAAGAUGAGUGUACAGUGUUUCUGGUGAACAAUAUAUAUUUUAUGUCUAGAAAGUCAAAACAGUAAAAUGUGUACAUGCGCAUGUGGGUGUACAAGACAAGACAUUUUUCUCCCUGUAAUUAAUGAAUAAUUUGCUUUACUUUCAGUUUGUUGAGGAGCAAUUGUCAAUAUGCCAAAAUAAUAUCUUUGUCACAGUGGUCUCUUCUUAAAGUAGUUUCAUUGUCCAGAAGUAAUGGUUCUGGACUGUGUCUAACAUUAUCACUGUGUUUUUUAGUGUCUGUCUUUGUCUGUUGUUUGA